AUGGAGGACUGCUCUUCCAUUGACUACUUGGGCUCAUUGCUCACCGUCUGCACCACAGACAAGUACCGGUCCAUCUGCUUGGACGACAGGAGUGGCCAUGUCAGCUGCAACGUGACGAUGGGCGGUACAUUCUCAAUCGAUAGCGACCUGGCUCACUUCUUCCUCCCUUAUGGCACAGUCGCGUGGAUCAGCAACAUCAUUGGACUUUGGAUUUGGAUUGCCUUGAUGAACGGCAAAACCCCGCUCAAUCUGAACCGAGAUAUCAAACACACGACUCUCAUUCCCUUCGGUGCCAUCGCAUGGAUUGUCUUCGUCGGAGUGAGCGCAAUAAUCAAAGUCCCCAAAAUGGAGAGUAGAGAUCUGAAGAUCAUCACCAUCUGCCGAGUCGUGGUUGCGGUAAUGAUUUACGGACCCACGCUUUGCCUGAUGAGAAAAACACCCAUCGGCCAUGAGCAGUCAAAGACAGCGGAAGAACAGACGGACCAAGACAAGGAAAAAACACCAGAAGAGUCCGCCGAGACGAUAGACGAAAACGUCGGUUCCCGGUGCCAUUCAUUGGAUUCUGUCAGAUCGACGCCAUCCAUAAGCAGCACCGUCGUGUCGGCAUCAGAGAAGACCGGCUUUCUGGACAGCAUCGCCAGCAGAGUCCCAGGAAUCCAGAGAACAGACACGAAACCAUCGACCGAAGAAGAAGACACGGACCCCUCGAAACAGGCAACAAGCACCACAGAAGGCACAGGUGCCCUGUUUUUGGGAUUAUUCGGCCUCUCGCUCGGUUACAUCAUCAUGUUCUACGGCGUGGUCGGUAUUGCGAAAAAAGUCUUUGCCAGCCGCCAGGUCACGGAUACCCGACAGCAGCGAGAAGUCAGAGAUUCUCUGAUACUCUUCGGCGUGUUCUUGGGGAUUGCCGUCGUCGCCGGCAUCCUCGGCCUUGCCAGCAACCUCAACGCGGAUUCGAAGCAGUCGGAGGACGAAGAGAACGUCGACAGAGAGGAAAUAGAGAAGAAGAAAUCAGCAGAAGCCAAGAAGAUAAAAGAAGCUGUCCUUUUAGGUGUCCUUGUGCUGGGUGGGAUCCUCAGUCUGUGGUGUCAGUUUUUCGUGCUUGCGGCUGCCGCUAAGGACACGCAUGGAAUUGUGCAUCUCGGAAAAACGUCAAACCUUAGUUUGGUUUACAUGAUUCUGUCUAACGUGCUGCUGUUCGCGUUCUGA